CGGUGUCAUGGCUGACUUGGAUACGGAUGGCACCUGUUUAUAAGAGCAAUAUUCCUAAUUUUCCGCUCAAAGGACGUUAGAUUUUUCUUGAUAGAUUUAAAUUAUUUGUCUAUGUCAUCUGAUGUGUAUGUGGACUUAAUUUAAACAUCAGUCAUGCCUGUUUACCUGAGGAACAACGUAAAUUUUACGCCGCCAUCGCUUGAUCACAUUCCAGUUGAACAAGAAGAUGACUAUGUUCAAGAUCCAGAACAGCUCAAAGAUCACCUGCCGCAGCCCUAUCGAAUGCUGGACAAGGUGUUGAAUAAAGUAUUUGAUGAUGCAUGGGCUAUCAUUGAACAGAGAGAAAACGCUGCUCUAGAAGAAUCUCUAAGAUUUAAGCCCCCACAAUUUGAUUAUGAAGAACAAAUUGAGGUGCUUGGUGGAGCCACCAGUGUUACCUGUAGCAGUGACGGGAAGGUUGUGUUUGUGGGACUGCCAAAUGGAAUAGCAGUGUUAGAUUCUGUUACACAGAACAGGAUAUGUGCUUGGGAAGAAGAUAAAGUAGAAAUCAUCCGCCUGAAGACCUACCCCAUUGCAGAAAACAUGUAUCUGAUUAUUAGUCUUGAUGAUAUGGGCCUUGCUAGACUCCAUGCUUUUGCUGGAGAAAGAUUAUUCCUUUUGAAGUUGCUGAAUGAAACACAGGAGAUUUUAGCACCAGAACCAGUUGAAACUACUGAAUUACUAGAAUCGCCUAGGAUGAAAGCUGUGGCGGGACGGCCUGGUGAGGAGAAGUCUUCAACACGACUACUGAUACAUAAGUGUGAGGCGUCUGCUGAAGGGGAAUAUCUCGGCUCCUUGGUGGAAAAUCCUACGUCAGCAGAGGUGUGGCUCGAGAUCUACCGCCUCCCCAGGGACGAGUGGGUACAAGAACUGGAGAAAAGACUUGCUGAUGCCCAGAAAGAAAUGGAGAAGAAAGAUGGAAAGGCAGUGGAAGAGCCCCCGCCACCUGUGGCUACAGAGGAAGGGGAAGGGGAUACCGAACAACAGACACAAGAAACCCAGCCAGAUACGACACCACAGUCGACACAACCAGACAAGGGAGCUAAGUUUAGUCAGCUGUCUCUCAUUAUGAAACUGAAACCCCCACCUACACCUACAGCCAUUGAAAAGAGAGGUAACCUAGCUUCGUCCACCCAUGGAGCGUGUCAGAAGGUGGACAGUGGGGAUGUGAUCGGGACCGGUCAGAACCAUAUACUCACCUCUAGCCACCUGGAACAGAGGGCUGAAAUAUUUGAAAAUAACUACAAACACAUGUUAGACUACCUUCCAAAGGAGGAGAAGAUGAUCGAUCUGAUAAGAGAUGUUAACUUUCAUUUCAUGACAUCUGGUCGGUUGAUGCACAACUCACAAGAAUCUCCAAACCAUCCAGGGAGCCCGACCAAUGUUGCUGUGUGGUGGCAGAACAGCACUCACCUCUACCAUUACUCAGUAUUCAAACAACCAGCAAAAGAUGGAGAAAUGAAGCCAGAUCUGGUGUGGCCCUUCACCAGUAAGAUUACUGCCACUACGAUGUCAACAGACUCAAAUCUACUGGUCAUAGGACUGGCCUCAGGAAAUGUGGUUGUAUGGGACCGAUACUUAGGUAUGCAGCGUGGAGUUGUCAACAUCACCACGAAGGCAGCUGUACAACAGAUGUGGUUCCUUGACCCAAGUCUAUGUCCUCAAGAUGAAAACAAUUACCCACCUUACCUGACCAAGACCACCGCCUACCUUCUGGUGCAGAGUAGUGAUGGUGCCAUGUUCUACCUCAUGUGUGGGGCGGGGCUUCCUCUGGAGCCAUAUUGUGUUUCACCACCUGUGGACAUAGAAGAGAACAUGUUUACAAGGGUAGAACCUGUUCCAGGGAAACCAGAACUGACAAUGGUUGUGCUAAAGAAAGGUGCAAUUCAGAUCAAACACACUUUAAAUGGUAAUGUGUUGUGUGAGGCCAAACUACCACCCACCCAUCAGCUGGUCACUCCCUGGGACCCCAUCAUCACAACAGCAUGUAGGGGGGAGCGCCUGUUUGUCAGAGGAGAGGCCAAAGUGGAGAAACCAAUUGAGGAGGAGAAUGAGACAACACCAGAGCCUCAACCAGAAGUGGAUCCUGUAGCCAGCAUGUUGUUUGUCUUCGCCCUCAAGGCCUUUGCUCCAUUAGAGGAGUUUAUGGUAUCAGAAAGAACACCCGUAGCCUUCACCAUACACACCACCAUUGACAAGAGAGUUGAUGCCCUAAUGACAGAGAGAAUUGCCCAGCAGGCUUUACGGAAGACGCGAAUGCAGGAUCGCUGGGGCCUAAUGAAGGAGGAAAUCUGGGCCAUACUCCAGUACAAGGAACAAGCCGAGCGGCAGGCAGAUCAGAGACCGGUCUAUAACUAUCAAACUAUAUACCAUUACGAACAGGAUUUGAAGACUCCUGGUUCCAUUGGAUGGGGAACUGCUCUGUUCAACUGAAGAGCUGUGCAGCAGUAUAUAAGGAAACGUUCCGGUAAUUCAAA